AUGGACAACAACCAAAAGAGCGGAACCUUCCCCUUCUCCGUCGUCGCUCGUCUCCUGAACUUCAACCCCCGGCGAACGCUAUCCCUCCAGUCCCCCCGCAAUGUAGAGCCCGAUCGCUACACUCUCAACCUCCUCAACAGCAAAAGGCGAGUGUACGAGACCGUUGUUGACAGAUUGCAGGGUGGGCCUGUUGGCCGUGCUGCUCCUCGCGUCGCCGCCAAGUCAUCAUCAUUACUAUCGCUCCCUUUAUUAUUGACUGCGACAGACACAAUUCCUCAUUUACAACAAGAGCAAGUCUACUCAGCUCCUCCUAUUGUAACGACUACCACGUCGACGAAUUCGAACAUCCAGAGCACAGACAAAGUGAAUGGUUCGCAGACUAGCAUUGUUCCCAUGCCCGCGAUAUCCCUCGUGCCUGGUUCAUCGGCAACGUCGACGACGACAACAACCAGCACCAACGAUAACAACAGUCUACAGGCUAGCUAUUCCCUCCGAUCAUUGACCAAGAAAUUCUCCGCCCCGCAGUUAUCGCAACCGUCGUCUUUGUCUGCCAGUUCGCUAGACGUUCAGGAGCCCGUCMCCCCUGCCGCGGCAUCCUCGAUAUCCCGCCGAUUCAAACAAUCACCACAGGCGGAGGAUAACACGUCGGAACAGAACUUGUCCUCUGAAGAUACACAACGGACGUCAAUAUUCCGAAGACUUUCACCUGGUCUUGCGGCUCGAGUGAAGCUUUUGAGCGGUUCGACCGAUUCCACCGCCACCGGUCAGACGAAAAAUAGUAAAGGCGCGGUAGGCAAGAUCCCGGAACGCCAUCUUCGAGAGUUAGAGAGUCUCCACCAGGAUCGAUCUAUAAAGGUUGAAAAGCGAGGCCGGGCCUGGCCAGGGUUGACAAUCAAGCGAGAACGAAGUGCCCCUGACUUGUUGCAAUCGCCCACGAAGAAAGAGCUCGGUACAGACAAUAAGGCAGACUUGCAACAAGCAGAAUUUGAAAAAAGCAGCUUCCAACCACUGCUCACACCUGACCACGAAUCAUUCCCAGACCGACAACGACUUUCUACCGUUGACACUAUCGAAACAUUCGCCGACGCCUGCGACUCCGUAGACGGGGUUGCUGCGUCGACGAUGACGACAGUUGAAUCUUCGCCGAUGGCUGAUGCUAGCUCUCUGCCUCAGGAUGUCGAACCGGUKCAAGAAGGGUCGAAUGACCUCGAAGAAUACCUCAGACGCAGCACACUCGAAGAUCAGGCACCUCCGCCUCCACCCAAAGAUACUCCUCCCGUACCCACGACGCCGUCCUCGACAAACAUGCAAUCAUAUUUCACAAGUCCCUACAAGUUGAACAGAGCAGAAUCGAUAUUCUCGUUUUCUCGAGCGUCUUUCAGCAAUCAGCUGUCACAACUUACAUCGAUCAAUUUGCCCCAACCUGCCGCUCUGGAAGCGAGCAUUACGUCUAUUAUCAACGCACCGACGGCGGUCAGGGCUCUGACCGGUGCAGCCGAACAGAUCGAGAAAUGGAUGAAUAAAGCAUCAGAAGUGCUCAAUGGACUUGACGCCGAGGACGACGUUGAAUGGGCUGCGGCCGGUGGACGAGAAGGUCUAGAAGAAGUGGACAAGGCGGUUGUCAAGUUCGAGAGCUUGGUUGAUGUCUAUGUCAAGGCAAUUGAAAAUGUCCAACUACGUGACGAUAUCGAUGACGUUCGCGCUGACGAUUUGAAAUUGAUCGUUGUACAAAUGGAUACGACUUUAAAGAACUGGGCCAGUAUACGGAACUUUCUAAGAGGUGUCAAAGAACAGGUCGAAUUAGCCAUGGAAUGGGAAGAGUUGUGGAACAACGUCCUUGGUGACGUGGGUCUUGAAAUCGACAACCUCAGCAGAUUGAUCUUUGAGAUGGAGGAAAAGCGGCACAAAUCACUUGUCCCAGACUCAGAGGCUGAACAGGGCAAUGGCCUUGAUAUCAAUGAGCUUGAAACUAUCGUGGAAGAGUCUCCUGCGAUUGGCACGCCGUCCGCAGCAAGCAAACGGUUGAGUUUGGCUCUGUUUCCCCCAGCCGAUACCUCCAAUGCUGCGGCGGGAAAUAGCAAUCCACAGGAUGAUGCGAACCUUAUGCAGCUGUUUGCUCGUAUGCAACCGUUGAGGGCGUCUCUGGACUUUCUUCCUAUGCGGCUAUCCAUGUUUCAAACACGAGCUGAAAAGCUGUUUCCUACUGCUUGCGAGGAAUUAGAGGACAGACGAAAGCGACUUGAAACAACCUACAAGAAGCUGGAAGCUGAUGCAGAGGCUUUACGGCGUGAGCUUGGAGAGGAUCGGUGGAUCCUGGUUUUUAGAAAUGCUGGUAAACAAGCGGAGAAGAUGUGUGGUUCGGUCGAACGCAGUAUUGGCAAGCUACAAGAGUCUUUAGAGUCGGGCGACCCUGUGAACAAUCCUACGGCACUCACCAAGAAGAUUGAGAGCUAUGAAGCAAAGAAAGUUCAUUAUGUGCCAGCCAUUGCACGAGUGAUGUCGAUCAUCCAGAAAGGAGUCAACGACCGAUUGACCGUCAAUGGCGAGGUACUUACGUUGCUUUCAGACAUGAACCAGCGAGUCGACGCCCUCAAAGCUAGCAUGAAAGUCAUGGACACAGUGCUCGAAGAGACGUCGGUCUCGAGAAGUCAACAAUUGCGUGAUUCGAUAUCGAGUAUCAUUACAACCGACAGUCCUGCAAACACUAGCCUUUUCGGCACUCCUGGCAGUUCACCUGCAUCGUCUGUAAUAAUGACCGGAUACACAGGGGGCCUUCGAACGCCCAACGCCGGCAAUGGCGGAUCAAGCAGACGGGGUAGUUCGGUCGGCAGCACAUCUCGUUCAGCAAUGGCCAGCUCGCGACGACUAUCUGGUAUCCCGACAACAGCUACUGGCAGUCGCAAAUCGUCGGCGGCACUGUCUGUAAAUUCACCACCGUAUUCUUCAACGACACCAACUCCUGCCUCACGCACUAGCCGCAUACCAACAACACCAGCCAUUAACCGACCACGAUGGAAUGGUAGCACUAACACCGCUGAUCUUGACACCGGUCACAACUUUAAGGUGACUCCUCCCUCUACGUAUCGACAGAACAUUCCAGUUUCAGGUCGCACCUCGCGAUCUAUCUCUUCAUCAUUACCGGUGCCUAGUCCACUGAGCCGAGCGACUUCUUCAUCACCUGUUCCUACCGGACGAACUGGCAGUCGUGUUGGCUACCGUGCCAACAGUCGACUCGGCGCAAUGUCACCAUCACCGACCUCGCCUGCAGCCGUGCGCUCGUUCUCUGCAUCGACAGUCUCUGCUCGACCUUCCGUCCUAGACCCACCACCAUACCACAAACUGAGCAAGUCAACCGCGAACCUGCCCACAGGACUCCGCAAUCGACAAAGCUACGGCGGUCCAAUGACGAUAAAACAGCCCGAAGAAGAGAACGGCUCAAAACCGACACGCCCAGGCACGUCGCUCGGCCACACGAGUCGGCGAAUAAGUCUUUUGCCUCAGAUCAAGAACAAGACUGGGCGAGAAAGUUCGGCGGGCAACAACAAAAACAAACCUGAUGAACGACCGCGAUGGCGAUAA